CCUGCGUGCAUGAGAUUUCCCCCAUUCUUGCUGUAGCAAAAAUUCUCGACUGUUAUUUCCCAUCAUUUUGAUACAAUCUUUAUGAAUUGGCGCUGCAACAGCGCGUGCUCAAAUCAUGGCUGGACUCCAACCUAAUAUUUGGGCUGGUGUUGCGAUCCCAUGGCUCGCUGCUUUGACGUCCCUCAUUCUUCGUGUCUGCGCCCGGCGCAUGACCAAGAUGAGCUGGUGGUUUGACGAUUACUUCACCAUACUGGCGUUUCUGUUCGCGACGGGGUACUGCGGUAUCAUGGUUGAAUGGACCCUACAUACAUAUCUCGGAGUGAACAUUCCCGACUCAAUGCCUACCGAUGAACGUGAGGCAAUUCUUCAACAAGCACGAUUUCUGGCCUACUUCAACUCCCUCUGCUACGCCUCAUCAAUCGCUUGUUCCAAGCUCGCCAUCUUAUGUCUGUAUUGGCGCCUGUUUCGCAUUUCAUCCAUUCGCAUUCCAAUCAUGGUCAUGCUUGUUAUGGUAGUCAUCUGGAUUAUCAUCAGGACAUUUAUGCUUACAUUUCGUUGCGUCCCCGUCCAGUCCCUUUGGGACUACACUAUUACAGACAAGGUCUGCAACAUCAACAGCGACCAGUUCUUCCUGGGCACCAUCACGACUCAUUUUAUUAUGGACAUCGCUAUCUUGGCCUUACCUAUUAUUGAAGUAUUUAGACUGAGACUCCGAACGGGUCAAAAGCUAGCAAUCGGCGCUCUGUUCCUUCUCGGUACCAUUGUCUGCUUUGCAUCUAUGUUUGUCCUAGUUGAACUCGUCAACUACCCCGAUAACACAACACAGAUGCCUCAUGACUAUGCCAUGUUCUGCAUUCUGGGAUCUGUUGAAGUCAAUAUCGCCAUUGUCUCUGCAUGCUUUCCUCUUCUUCGUCCAAUCUUUGUUCAUGUUCUCCCUUCCAGUUUCCUCAGUUCGUAUGGAAAAAGCAGCCAGCCUAUCAGCCGACCGAGCAAUGCUAUCAAGCUCACAACACUUAUCCGGACAAAUAAAGACAGGGAAGCGGAUGAAACAAGCUCAACGCAUCAAUUGGCUGACCUUGAGAACGGACUGCAUUAUCAUUCUGGUGACGUGCAACGUCCCGAAGGAGUGCAUACUAUGAUCUUGAGUGAACAGUCGGGCUCUGGUCCUGAAGAUGACGCGCCGGGAAUCUACGUGCGAAAUGACACGGUCUUGAAUAAUUUUCUCCCCUUCUUUGCCUAUUUGGCAGGCCAUGGUGCCCUCGCAACGCCCAAGCAGGAUACCCUUGAGGUCGACGUCGCCAUCGUUGGUGGUGGCGCAACUGGUGCUUACGCUGCAGUCAGGCUGCGAGAGGAUUAUGGCAAGAAGGUCGUGGUGAUUGAGAAGCAGAACAGACUCGGUGGCCAUGUCCAUGCUUAUAAGCCGGGCCCCAACGAGAGACCGAUCAACUACGGAGUCCAAGCUUAUCUCGACCGAAAGACAACCAAGGCUUUCUUCAAGCGAUUCAAUGUUGGACUCAUCUCUCCUGAUGUGAUCAGCUCCGCGGAACUUUUAUUCGCUACCAAGGACGUUGAUUUCAACACCGGAAAGAAGGUUGAUCCUGACUACGGUGCUAUCAACUCCACUGUCGCCCUGGCCGCGUAUGCUGCAUUGGCCGCCAAGUAUCAACCUUGGUUCGAGAACGGCUACUUCAAGAAGGGAGAAGUCCCUGAAGACCUCCUUCUUCCCUUUGGCGAGUUCCUUGAGAAGUACCGUCUUGGAAGUGCGCUUUCUAUCCUGCGCACUCUUAUCUGGCUCUCUGACGCGACUCAUACUCCGACUUGGAAUGUCAUGGCUGUCGUUGGAGAGCCUCAGCUUGCUGCUUUCGGAUUCGGUCUUGCUGGUCCUACAUUUAAGUGGCCAGAGACAUAUUCCUCGGAGACACUCUAUGACCGAGUCUAUGACUUGAUCAAGGAUGACGUUCUUCUUGAAAGUACAGUCGCCUGGAGCAAGCGAACUUCUCAGGGCUCAGAGCUUGUCGUGCAGACACCCUCUGGCAAAAAGAACAUCAAGGCCAAGAAGGUCCUCUUUGCGGCAACUCCAUCACCCGAUAACGUUGGUACUUGGGAUCUUGAUACCAAAGAGAAGUCGCUCUUCUCCAAGUUCUCCUGGGAGACGCUGUAUGUCGGCGUCGUCGGCAAGACAAGCCUACCCAAAGAUGUUGCAGGCAUUCGCGACACGCCCGACAACGCCACUAACUUCUAUCUUCCACGAGGUAACUUUGUCGAUGCCUACACUCGUGCGGGUGAAAAGGAUCUCUGGACAACCCGUGUCCUUGGUCAGGCCAACCUGACAGCUCAGAAGGCCAAGUCUCUUAUCAAGCAAGUCUUCACAAACAUCGACAAGGCAGGCACUUACGAUGUGACAACUCCUGAUAUCGUUGCCUUCGCAUCCCAUGGCUUGACUGUUCCCAAGGUCUGUGCUCAGGAGCUUGAGGGUGGCUUCUACAACAAGAUUUACGCCCUCCAGGGACAGCGCAACACUUUCUGGACCGGACUCACUUGGGCGCCUGACUACACUCCUAUUCUUUGGGACUUCACUGAGAAGCUGUUCCCCCAAAUCCUGUCCGGCCUUUGAGAGUGGCUUGUUGGCAGGCUGGGAAGGAGUGAGAUUCACUACUUGGAUGCUUUAUUUAGACCGCCAGUCUAGAGUUCUAUUCACUUUAAUACAUUGUUUUAUACAGAUUUAC